AUGAAAAAAAAUGAAUAUUUGGUUCAGAUUGCUGUGAUUGAAGCAAGAGAUUUAGUGGCCAAAGAUUCUUCCGGUUCAUCUGACCCAUUUGUUAAAAUUACUGUUGGCAACCUUCCAACUCAGGUUAGUACUGCCAAAAUGAAAGCUACUACAGCAGUGUUUAAUUAAGUAAUUUCAUAUUGAAAAAUUAUAGAAUUUUACUUUUGAAGGUUUAAAGAUGUCAGAUGUUGAUUUUGAAAAUUUUGAAGCAAAAAUAGAAGUCUAUGAUUAGAACUAAUUUUUUCAAAAUGAAUUGAUUGGCAUUCAUUCAAUUGGAUUGGCAACUCUUUAUAGAAAUCCAUCUCAUGAAAUAUAUAACUCAUGGUUAAGACUCACAAAUCCAAAAGAAGUAAAUAAAGUUUAAGGAUAUAUUUUGAUCUCCGCUUAUAUUAUUGGAUAAAAUGAUGCUCCUCCUGUUCAUGAUGCUAAUGAAAAUAAUGUAGAAGAUGAACCAGAUCCUUUUGGAGGGGUUCCAGAUGAUUAGUUAACAGGUGAACAACUAUAAUAAAGAAGGGAAAAUUAAAAGAAAAUUGCAAUGGUGUGCAAACCAAUGCCUUAUACAAAACUUGCUUAAUUAAUGGUUAACAUUGUAAAAGCUGAAGAUUUACCUAUUCUUAAUGGAACAACAAUUGAUAGUUUUAUAUCAGUGAGAGCUAAUGGUAUAACAUAAAUUACAAGUGUUUUGAAAAACUAAUAAAAACCAUAAUAUAGAGUUAGAAUGAUGUUUCCAAUUAAUUUUCCUUUAUAAAAUGAUAAAAUCAUUAUAAGAGUAUGGGAUAAAAGAGUUUGUAUGGCAGAUACUUUUAUAGGUUAGAUACCUGAAUUUCCAUCUGAAAAUGAUUUUUUUAAUAUGACUUAUUUGUAAAGUAAAGGAGGAGUUUUGCCAUUUAGAUGGUUUUCACUCUACGGAAUCCCAAUGAAUGAAAGACCAUCAACCUAUGAAUCAAAUGUUCUUGGAUAUAAGAAAAAUCCUAGAGGUACUUGCUAUAUGGGCAGAGUCCUCUUAUCUUUAAAUUUAACUCCAUCCGAAAAGCCUGAAAAGUUAGUUUAGCCAUUGGGUAUAUAUAGAGAACCUUCAAUUGAAAAAUAUAUGUUAAGAUUGGAUACUUAUGAAGUGAAUUAAGCUAAAGAUCUUGAUGAAUUUAUUUUCAUAAGAGUAAGAGUUGGAAAAGAGUAUUUUGAUUCUUCUGAGGCUGACUGCAAAUCUCCAGGACAGUUUGUUUGGAGAAACAAAGUAAUUCUAAAAGCAUGGGAAAUUGAAGUUCCAAAAAAUCCAAGCGAAUAGACAGAUUUAUUUGUCGAAUUAAUGAAUAAAGAAAAGAAAAGAGUUGCUUAUAUUAGAAUGCCUGCCACAAGCCCAGAUUUAACAAAUGACAAACCAUAAUGGUAUGAAUUUAAGGAUUUAAAACUAAAAGGAGAUCAAGAAGGAGUUCAUAGUUAUGUUUUGAUGAACUUACUCUUCGGAUAAAUAAAUAUUAUUUCUUAGAUUCCAAAAAUUAUUGUUAAAAAAAACAUGGUUCUUCCAUAUAUUUGUAAAAUAUAUCUUUAUUGCGGUUUUGACUUUUGCCCUGACAAAGUUAAUAGUGAAAUUUUAUUAAGUUAUGAAAUUAGAAUUGCUAAUUAGGUUUAUAAAUCUGAAUAAAAUAAAAAUAGUAAGAAUCCAAUUUGGAACUAAUGUAUUAGAAUUCCAGUAAGUAUGGAAUAAAAUUUAGAAUUUGUAUCAAAUUUAGUGUUAUCCUUCUUCAAUCAUUAAGAGUAAAUAUUUCCUUAAUCUUAGACCUAUUGGAUAAGCAAAUGUUUCAGCAAUAAAUUGUAGAGUCUCUGAAGAUGACUAGAUAGAUCCAAUAUAUUAAAUAUUUCAUAUACUUCAUAAUGGAAAAUCAAAAGGAAGAAUUAUUUUAGGAGUUACUUUGUAAAGAAAGAAAAAAAAUGAUAAAAUUGAUCCGAAAAUAAACAUAUCUGAAAUCUUCACUUAAUUUAAAGAGUAUAAAUUACUUUUUCCAGUCUAUGCUAUAAGAUAAUUACCAAAAAAACUUAGAAAAGCUCAACUAUUUGCUAGAAUAUCUAAUCCAAAUUAAGAUUCAGUUGUAAGUGUAGAUUCGUAUUUGUAAGGAGAUGAAGAAGAAACAAGAUUUAGUCCUGGAUAUAAUGAUCCAAAUUUCUUAUAAUUACUAAUUUUGGACAUUUAAUUGCCUGAAAAUCCACUUUUGAUGCCAUAAUUAAAUGUAGAAAUAUACAGCAAAGAAGGCUUAGCUCAAAAAUAUUAUUUUUCGGUUCCAUUAUAUAAUCUUUAUCCAGGAUUGGAUUAAAAAACUUACAAUAAAUUAAAUGCAUAUUAUUAUGCAACUCUUUAAAGUGGGAUGUUAAGUGCUAAUAUUCCUCCUCCAGAUUUAUCAACUUAAAUUUAAGAAGAUCAACCAGAGGAAAAUGAAUAAGAAGAAUAAGAAGAACCAAAAACAAUAUUCACUAAAAAAUCAAUAAAACCAAGCACUAAAGAGAAAUAAUCAACAAAAUCAAAGUAAUCGACAAAAUAAAAAUCUGAAGUUUUAGCUUAAGCAUUAGAAAAAUCAAGUGAUGUUAUAAAAAAGCGAAUGAGAACUAGGGGAAUAGAAAAUGCAUAUGUUUAAGAUGAAAUUGUAUUAGUUCUUGAUGAUGAAGAUGUUUUGAGAGAAUAAUUAAUAAAAAAAGAGAAAUAAGCUAAACUUACAAAAUUAUUGAAAACAUUACCAAAACCUUUAAAUACUGAAUUAAAUAAAUAAUUUUUAAAGAAAGCUAUUUUAGAACAAAUUUUUAAAGUAUAAGAUUUAGAAGCCUAUUUUACAGAAAGAGCAAUAGAGUUAUCUGAUGAUGGCAUAGAUUAUGGCCGUUCAAUAAUCAAAGGACAAUAUGAUACAGAGAUUUAAAAAUGUCUUCCAUUCUAAAGAUAUAAAAUAUACGAGUUAAAUAAGAAUGGAUCUGGAUUAGGCUAAGAAACAAGUGCCAUUUUAAAAGCAGAUGUCAAAUUAAUUAAUAUAACUACAUUUAAAUAAACUGUGAAACAAUCUCAACAAAAUGAAGAUAAGAAAACUAAAAAAUCUGAAUUACUAGAGAAAGCUGAAUAUGUCAAAAGAUUAAGAUCAGCAGAUUAUCCUUUUGAUUUUUUCGAUCCAGUUUUUCAUGAUUAUUUAAAAUAAUAACAGUUCAGAUGCAAAGUCAGAGUUUAUAUAUAUAGAGGCUUGAGUUUAGCAGCCUAAUCUGAAAAUAUCGAUGCUUAUCAUUAUAUGGCAGGAGAAUAAUCAAGAAAUUCUGCAAAUCCUUAUCUUGAAAUUGAAGUGGGAGAACCAGGUGCAGAUCCUGGAGAAUUCGUAAAAAAAGUAUCAGAUCCUGAUAAAUUUAUUCCCAAUACUCUAAAUCCUACAUUUUUGAGAUCAUUUGAACUGGAUGCAAUUCUACCUCAAGAUUGUUUUCUUCACAUUAGGGUAUUUAAUAAAGGAGGCCUGACAAAUAAACUUAUCGGCGCAGUUAAAAUUGAUAUUGAGGAUAGACUGAUGGGAGAAAAAAAACUAAAAUCUAGGCUUUCUUGUGAAGCUUAUAAAGAUUAUUUUUUAAAUGAUUUAGAAAGGUUAAAAUAUACUGAAAAUGCUGAUGAUAUUAAAUUAAGUUACUAAGCUGAAAUAGCAAAUCUUACCUAAAAAAUAGAAUCCAUAACCACUCUAGAAAUUCCUGUAGAAUAUUAAUAAUUGAGACAUCCUGAUAAAUUAGUCUCUUAAGGUUAAUUAGAAAUGUUUGUUGAAGUUCUACCAUUAGAAGUUUCUCGUCUUAUUCCUCCAGCAUUAUUAGUUGAAAGACUUCCUUAAGAAUAUGAAGUUAGAUUAAUUGUUUGGGAAACCUUCAAUAUACCUUUAAAUCCUGUUAAAAAAGCUGUUGAUAUCUUUGUUAGAUGUGUUAUGGAUUCCUCAGCAACUGGAACUGGAUCAGAAAUCGGAAAGGAAACGGAUACACAUAUGGGAAGCACUGAUGGAAAUGGAGAAUUUAAUUGGAGGAUGAAAUUCAAUUUUAAAACACCAUGUCAAUUUCCAAGAAUGAAAAUUAGUGUUCAUGAUUUUUCGGUUUUUGGUGCUAGUCCUAUAAUUGGGGAAGCAACCAUUAGUCUCAAAAGGUAUUAUAAUUUAUAUUAUCAGAGUAUUAACAGUUAUGAAAACAUAAGCAAUUUAUGAAAUGGCACCUACUUAAAUUAAGUUAAGUUCUGCCAAAGAGCCAGAUGCUGAAAAAGGAACUGUCAUGUUACAAAUGACUAUUUUAUAAAAAAGUAUGGCAGAGGCUAAGCCAGUCGGCGAAGGAUAGGAAGAGCCAAAUAUAGACCCUUUUUUAAAAAAACCUACUGAAGGUAGAGGUCUAGGAGCUUUCUUUAAAGGAAUAGGAAUACCAUGGGGAAUGAUAUGCAAGUAAGCUUGCAUGAUACUACUUCCUAUGAUUAUUUCGGCUUUGGUUUCAUUUAUUCUUUUUGUCAAACCAGGUAUUUUAAUGCCUUAGACACCAGCUGCAUGA